CUCACUUCCUGUUCGUAGCGUCCGUCUCGGGGUGUGUCGCUGUUGACGGAGCCUCCUGUUCUCUCGCUGUAGUUUAGUGGAACUUGCUCAGCCCGAAUCCUCCCACUACUUCCCUGGCUGCCGUCGCCUCACGUUGGUAGAAGAUGUUUUUUGUCAAAACACUCUUCAAAGGCGUCGUCGAUGUUGUGAGCAACAUCGACCCAGCCCAGUUUGUGCCUUCUGACCCUCCUCCUCCACGUAGACCACUUGCAUAUGCAGAGCAGCAUGAGAAUGAUGAGGAGAAACAGUUCCGCAGAGUCUUCCAGCAGCUCGCUGGAGACGACAUGGAAGUGAGCCCAAAUGAGCUCAAGGACAUCCUGAAUAAAAUCAUUGGAAAGCAUGGAGAUCUGAAGACAGAUGGUUUCAGCAUUGAGUCUUGCAGGAGCAUGGUGGCAGUCAUGGAUAGUGACAGCACAGGGAAACUCGGCUUUCAUGAGUUCAAACACCUCUGGAACAACAUAAAGAAAUGGCAGGGAGUGUAUAAGUCUCACGACAGAGAUGGAUCUGGCAUCAUCAGUGAAGAUGAGCUGCCCAAUGCUUUCCGAGCUGCAGGUUUCCCCCUCAAUGACCAGCUGUUCAAGAUGAUAAUUCGCAGAUACAGCGAUGAAAAUGGGAACAUGGAUUUUGAUAACUAUAUUGGCUGCCUUGUGAGGCUGGAUGCCAUGUGCCGUUCCUUCAAAACCCUGGAUAAAGAUAACAAUGGGACUAUCAAAGUCAAUGUCCAGGAGUGGCUUCAGUUGACCAUGUACUCUUGAGUCCAGACGACGUCUCUCCUGCUUGUUAUACGGAACCACUUUAUUUGUCUACACAGUACAAUACUUUAUCAACUUUCCUUACAACUUCCUGUGAUAAUCAGCAAAUCCCUUGUGCAUGCUUGUUUGGAAUAUUAAUGCAAUAAGUGUUGGGGGACACUGUUCUGUAGCACUUGCCAGAAAAAGGUACAAACCUACACCUAUAAAAUGACCCCUAGCUGAAUACUCAGGACGAGUUUGAAGCCUAUAUAAUUCAAUUAAAAUAUGGUAGCAUGUUGAAUUGGUUUUUGUUCAGCCUUUUGAUUUGCUUCUUUCCACAAGUCAAAAUCAGAAAGGCCAACAUCAAGAUGCCUUAUAACGAGCAAAAUUUGAAAAUCUAAUGUGAAAGCAGGAAUCUCUCAUUCUAAUGUAGCUGGGGCUGGUUUUACACUGUUGGGUUAAGGAACAUUCACAUCCUCCGUCAACGCUGUGUCUGUUGCUGAAAUACAGGAAAAGCUACGACACUCAUCACUGUAAAAAAUCUCACACUCGAGGUUACCUCCGAUGGAAGAUCCGGUAUGUAGCUGCAAGCUUGGUCGGCCAUGUUUUGUAGAUUAAGUAGCUAUCACCAGAGGUGUUUACAGGUAUUGUGCAUGAGGUAGUGUUCUGUAGAAGCUGAAGUUGGGUGACACUAUUGUGAGAAUUACGUGAGGUCACCAAAUCCCAUGUACUGACAGUUGUUUCAUGUAUAGUUUUACAUGGCUGUGUUGAUUUUGACCAGUCUCUGUGAAAGUCCCUGUGGUCCAUCCACUCUGACUAGAAUAGUUAAGCGACAGCCAUGUCAAAUUACAUAUAUAUAUAAAUUGUCUGUCUUACUUUGAGUUAAACUCUGUUACUAUUAAGUCUCUGUGAUACCGGGCCCAAUAGUACUGAAUGAGAGAUAGUUCACUAAAACCUUCGAGUCCGCUAAUAUAAUUUAAGUGAAGAAGGGGAUGGGUUAUGGUUUGUUUGCACCACAGCCUGUCACACAGAUCUUUGUUGGAUUAUUUGUACACAUGUUUAUUGUGCAACAGUUACAUCGGUAUAAUAAAUGCAUAGUGGACAGUGA